AUGGACGAGCUCAACGACCAAACAGAACAUGCACCCAGCUGCCCAGUGCCUGCUCGGAGAUUGGGGGCGCUUGAGCAUCCCAUGAUUAUCAAAAAUGUGGACAAGGCCAUGAACACAUUUCCUGCACACUACUCACUCGAGGCUAUUGUUGAUUCAUCCAGCCCUCAAGUGUCCAUUCCACUUUAUUUACGACACAGUGACCCGACAGUGAGGCCGAUUGUCUCGCACAAUGCUCUCACCCACAAUGUUGUUGUCAAAGUUACGGUUCCCAAGCGUACGGGGCGGAAGCGCAAACGUGGGACUGAUGAUCCCUUCGAGGGUCCCGUUGUCGACAACAACACGUCCACGACAACAAACCCCAAUGAAGAAGUCUUCUCUCGAGACCGGCUAGACGCCCCUCGGCUUCUCCGUCGAAAGCUCAGUGACAAUGUAAGGAAGUACACCGUUGAGCCCAUCGGCGUCAUCACCAACACGCACCGCUACCGCGGCCUCGCCGACUUCCAGUACGCCAUGGGCAACUCCCCCUUCAUGUCCCGGUUCGUCGACCAGGUGCUGCCCGGCGAUGUCGCCAAGCUCAAGGAGUUCGCCAUCCAACCGGGUAUCGAAUCCGGGAAGAACAUCGACCUGAUCCCUCCUCCUAACUUCACCCCCAUGAGCUUGCCCUUCCAAUACGGUUACGCCCAGAAUCCGUACACCAAAGAAAUCAGCCCCGGCACUGCUGGCCAAGCGGACGACGACGGCGGCGACUCCGAUGUCGACUCUGAAGCCGAGUUCCGGCGCGUGGUCAACGUGACCUCCCGCGUCCCGGCCGCCGGCUACUUCAUUGCGCACGACGAGUAUCCCGUCCCGUCCGCCCCCCGGCGCCAGCCCAACCUGGCCGACCCACAGGUCGCUCUUAUCAUGAAGGAAAUGUGGGCGGCAAUGGAGGAGCGGCCGAUCUGGACACGGCGCAGCAUGUGGAACCGGCUAGGCUCCAAGUUCGCCUCUUUGCCCAAAAGCGGCUCGCUGGUGCGCCACUGCCUGCAAUACGCGGGCUACCAGUUCAAGGGCGGACCGUGGCGCGACGCGCUGGUCAAAUAUGGCCUCGACCCCCGCUCCGAUCCCAAAUACCGCAUUUACCAGACCUUGAUCUUCAAGCUGCACAAGACCCGCAUCGGCACCGUCGGCCGUGAGUGGAAGGCCGUCCGCCGUUCCGAGCUGGGCGUCACCAACUUUGGUAAGUACUGGAACAGCUACGGCGAGGGCGCCAAUCUCGGAAGAGGAUCAGAGCGUCGAUCGCGCGAGACGCACGUGUUCACGGGCGAGUCGUUUAGUACCGACGGAAAAGUCUGGCAGGUGUGCGACAUCACGGAUCCUCUCCUCCGUCGAUUGUUUGAAAAUGCCGAGGUGCGGCCCGAGUGCGACACCGAGAUAUCGGGAUUCUACCACCGCGUGCUGUGGUCGGUGGCGAAAGCCAUCAUGAAGUGCAAGAUGCUCGCCAUCCGGUUCGGCCGCACGCUGUCGGACGACGAUUUCGGGUGCACGUUGGAAGCCGUCAAAGGGCCGAAUGAUGGAGGGGAUGGUGGCUCGGGAACUAGUAUUGGCAUCACGCUGCCUGAUCUGCAGCUCACGGCGAAGGAGUGCGAGCAGCUACGGGGAAGAAAUAAAAUCAAGCCGGGCCUCAAGCAAGGACGUGAUCGGUGGGAGGAGAGGAAGAAGAAGACGCACUAUAGAGUUAGGAUUCCCCUUAAAGAGGUGGAGGAGCGCGAGGCGGAGAAGAUGGCGUUGUUGUUGGGGAUUGGACUUAAGCCGAGAGAGAGGAGGCGGGCCCCGGCUGAUCCUGCCGCUGGUCUGGGACCUUCUGGUGUUGCUUCUGCUGCUGCUCCAGGUACAGAAGUGGAUGAAGUACUGCUUGAUCCAGCACUGGCGAGUAUCGGCGUAGACUCAGCCCGGGCUGAUACCACCGCCCCCACAACCACCAAGAAACCAUCACCUGCCACCGCGGGCGGGGGUCAAACCGCUACCACCGAACCACAACAUCGCCAAGAUCAUCGUGAAGACGAGGAAGAAGAGGAAGAAGGCGAAGAAGAAGUCCAAGCCCCCAAGAUCCUCCAAGACAUCUUCGAAGACAACGAAGACGAAGAAUUCGAAGGUCUUUCCGAAGAAGAGGAAGAAGAAGAAGGCGACUUUAGUGACGGCGACCUUCUUGGGGACGAAGAUGAGGACGAGGAUGACGAGCGUGGCUACGAUGACGAAGACGACGAAGAGGAGGAUCGAUACGGCGGCUACCGAACUGACGGGGGCUACCAGACCGAUGGCGGCUAUCAGACCGAGGGUGGCUACGGUUACCGGACGGAUAAGGAACUUGGUGACGAGAAUGAGGAUGAGAGCGAAGAGGAAGAUGAUGAAGAGGGAGAAGGUGGCGAGGGUGAAAUUGGGGAGGAAGGUGAGAGGGGAAGAACUCGUCAUAGGCAGCAGCCCCAGGCAUGGGAUGAAGAGGAUGUGGACAUUGACGAAGAGGACGAGGAGGAGUAUAGCGACUAUUAAUCGCUUUCUUGGCUCUGGCUCUUUGUCUAUCUUGGUUUUGCUACUCGAACUUCAUCACCCAUAGCUUGAGAUGACAGAGGUCUUUAGUUGUCUAUUGGUCUUGCGCGCGUUCAUUCGCUCUA